CUUGUUUAUUUUCAAAUAACAAUAUUAACCGCCAAAUAUCUUUUUAAAUUUUAAUUUCACCUUAAACCAUAGUGACAUGUUUCCAAGAUAAGGAUUUAUUUGUAUAGUAAUGAAAAACUAAAAAAAAUGUUUCUUUUUGUUUGUUUGAAUAAAAUCAAUUCAAUAAUGAAAAACUCAUCAUUAUUCAUUGAAGGAUAAUAUAAAACAUAACCACAAUGUUCAUAAUUAAAUAUUAUAAAAGGUGUCAAUAUUAUAAAGGAAAACAAUAUUCUAUCAAUGGAUUAUUUAUUUUCAUUUUAUUCAUAUAUAUAUUAACAAUGAAUCAUAUCAAUGCAUUUGGAAAUAUGGGUUAUUGGUGGAAUCUAGGUCUUUUAUCUUGGAGAACAAUUCAUCAAAGUCCUGCAUUUCUUCUAGCACCAAAACCACUUUGUUUACGUGUUCAAGGCUUGACACAUUCACAAGCUCAAUUAUGUCAACGUUAUUUUGAUCAUAUGCCUGUGAUAAGCAUUGGUGCAAAAUUAGGCAUUUAUGAAUGUCAACGGCAAUUUCGAUUUAGACAUUGGAAUUGCAGUUCUGACAAUGAAGCUUCAGCAUUUGGUCCAGUAACUUUAACAGGUAGCCGUGAAGCUGGUUUUGCUCAUGCAAUAUCUGCAGCUGGUGUUGUACAUGCAUUAGCAAGAAGUUGUAAAGAAGCUCGAUUAUAUUCAUGUGGAUGUAGUAAAGCUGAUAGACCAGACCAAUUACAUCGUGAUUGGAUAUGGGGUGGUUGUGGUGAUAAUAUUGCUUAUGCGUAUAGAUUUGCCAAAGCAUUUAUUGAUGUUAGGGAAAAAGAGAAAAGUUAUCCAAGACAUUCAAAUGAAUUAGCACGUAUGUUAAUGAAUUUACAUAAUAAUAGAGCAGGUCGUUUGGCUGUCUACAAAUUAGCUUCUGUAGCGUGCAAAUGUCAUGGUGUUUCUGGAUCAUGCAGUUUAAGAACAUGUUGGACACAAUUGUCCCCAUUCACUCGUAUUGGUCGAUAUCUUCGUCAAGGUUAUGACGAAGCUGUUAAGGUUAAAUUCAACAGACGUGGAACAAAACUACGUCGAGCUAGUAGACAAUUACGUCGCAUCACACCAGAUCAUAUCACAUAUUUAGACGAAUCAUCAAACUAUUGUGAAUAUGAUCCAAACACUCAGACUUCCGGUACAAGAGGUCGUGAAUGUUUACCAAACAAUACAGAUCAAUCAAGUUGUGCAACACUUUGCUGUAAUCGUGGUUCACAACCACAAUUACGUGAAGUACGUGAAAAAUGUCAUUGUCAAUUCAAUUGGUGUUGUCGUGUCGAAUGUCAGACAUGCGUGAAAACAGAAGAAUAUCAUGUAUGUAAUUGAAUGAAUUUACAACUGAAUACACAAAUUAUCAUAGUUUCUUUUUAUUCAAAGAAUAGUCAAUGCAUUCUUAUUUUAAUUUAUAAAUUAUUUUCCUAUGGAUUUCUACCUCAUCGUUUAAACCAUUUUUAUUGUUGGUACAAACAAAAGUGUUCAGAAAUCAAAUAUCAUCCUAAUUACAGGGAAUAUUGUAUCGUAAAUUCAAUAGUGGAUCAUAGAAAUCAAACUUAUUACAAAUGAAACACAUUAACUGGCAACAAAAUUAUAUUAUUAUAUAAACACAACUAUAAUAAUUAUUAGUAGUAUAUCAUCAUUCAAUCAUAUUUUUAAAUAUGUCAGCUUGUUUGUUUUUCUUUUGAAACUAACCAAUUAAAGUUUAUUGUAUUUUAAUGUUUAUCUAAGUGAAUUCAAGUAAGGCAUGAAAUUCAUUUUAGCGUUAAUUCAAUAUUUACAUCAUCAGAGCAACAAUAUAUACAUAAAAAAGAAGAAGAAGAAGAAGAAGAAGAAGAA